AUGGUUUCCCAAGUGGAUGUCUUGAGCGAUCGAGAAAAGGAGAUUUUGUCGAAUUAUGACAGGUUUGGAUGUGUAUGUGCCCAUUCCUGUUCCUGAGUUAGUUGGGUUUACCUGAUCAAGCUCUCUCAUGUGUUAUUUCUUUAGCCGAUUUUACGGAUUUCUACGAAUUCAAGACCCAGUUGGAGAUCCAUCACUGCCUGACCUGAACCACAAAUCGUUAUUGCUCAAGGUAAGUUUGAGGUUUGAUGACUCUAUGCUAUGGACUUUUUCUGCAAAGUUUAUGAUUUCUGUUGAUGCACUCGGCGGCUAUCAUCUUUGCUGACAGUUUGCCGGGAGCAUUAAUUGUUUGGUAACCGAACAAUUACGCGAGCGACGUGGAGUAGAACCAUUCUUUAUUUACAGUAAACACUUUGCUAAUGUGAAUAAUUAUAAUUUGCCUUUGAAUCCAGGGUGUAGAUUUUUUCGAGAAAGAAUUGCAACGAGAAGGGAAGUCAGUUCAUCCAUCCACAUUCUGCAGACUGGGACAUAUUCACCUGUUGCUUGACGACUUUCCUAAAGGUACUGUGAAAAUUAAACGGCACUUGGUGAGAAAUUGCGUAAGGUUUUAGAGUUAUUCGCAUAUUUUAUUACCUAGUAUAACGAGGGUUGUUUCUGAUCGAAAAGGUUUCGAAAGAAAAGUAAAAAGCUAACACUUUCCUUCCGUGAGAUAGUCAGUCUGUGCACUUCAAAGGUUUACCUAUAAAACGUAGUUACAAUUGGUAGUGAUUUAUCGUCUAAUUUCUCGAUUCGUCGCUCUCUAAAUGUGUCUUGUGUUUCAUUCUCAGCGCUUUCAGCUUACCAGAGGUUCUUUAACGUCCAACAGGUCGAUUAUUGGAAGGUAAAGUUAGCGUAUUUUUAAUGUUUGCACUCGUGCGAACUUCUUCAGUGAUAGUGUACACUUUAUUGUAUUGUGUUUUCACAAAGCAGGCUUUACAUCGCCAUGUCGUCGGGCAUUUAGAACACACUUCAGCUAGGAAAAGUUUGUGCACACUUUAAGUAUUACAGUUUAAACGGAAACUGUAGCACUAGAUCAUUCCUGUGGUGUUGUAUUUAUCUUACGAAGAGUUCCUUUUGUUUUCAUUUUACGACUUUGAUAUGGUCGACGAGUUCAACUUUCACUAGAACUCAGUUCGAACUGGAGGUUGUUGUCAUGUUUUUAACAGAACCUGUAAACCAGGAAGAGUGAGACAGUGUCCAACCAAAAAGAACGAAAUAUUUCGGUUUGGUAUUAACAUAAGGAAGUUGUUAUUUUUUUCAGUUUAGUCAAAUGAAAUAUAUUUGAACCGCCAAAUCCUCAAUUGCCAGACAAAAGACAUUUGUGUUCAUCAAUUAUUGAAGAGAGGAAAUUCUAUUUUUGCUGAUUUUAAACUCUUUAGUAAUAGCAAAGGGCAAAAGCGGAAACUAUUUGCCACUCUCACGUUGCUCAGGGAAAAUCCCAUUAUUACCAUGGCCAAUUUUCCACAUUAAUGCAAGCUCGAUCUUGUUCUCGAAAUUGAUUUUAAUAGCCUUGCCUCUCCUACAGACUUGUCCUCUACAUUUAUAAAUUUAGCAACAGAUUGUAAGUAGCCAAGUUCAAUCCAAAAAUGAAAGAAGAUACUUGUGUUAUUUAUAAAGCUCACUUUCAUUUCAAUUCAGGAUGCGCCAAUGUUUCUCUGAAAUUGCCCUAAUUACUCAGGGAAAAAUGCUUGACACAAGAAAAUACUGAAUUCAAGUAAAAAAAAAUUAGUAUUUAUGUAUGACCAUUUACUGACGAAACUAGGUUUUUGUUAUAAAAUUCAAACAAAUGAUUCUCAAGGAACAAAAAGUUGUUACUGGUAUGGUGCCAGAAUUACCUAAAUAUGUCUAAUUAAUUUAUUUUAGGAAAUUUUAUUUGUGGUGGUGUAUACAUAGUGAAUGAUUGUAUGACAUGUCACAAGGGUGUCAAUAAUGUAAAUUGGUUUUCGAGCACCCAAGACUGUUUACAUCAUGAUGUUUUUGUCUAUUAUAGUUGAGAUAACAUCUUUGACUUGUUAUCAGCAUGGUAAAAAAAAUUUAUAGCUCCAGUUUAUAGAGUGACACAGGGCUUACAUGUAUCAGUGAAACUUUGAAGAUGUAGCGUUAUUGUCACUCACUGUGGAUCAGAGGGGGGGAGGGGUGGGUGGAGGUUAGUCUAUCACCGGUUGCCUUGCAGCACAAUGUCAGGUAUCCAUGAGAAAUGGCGAAAUUUUUUAGGUCAGCUACAUGUCAAAAAUGAACAUAUCCAAGUGGGAGUCUGAUUGAAAGCUUUAUACAAGACAAGUUUUAACCAAAUGCAGGGUUUUAUUCAAGAUGCUAUUUUCUCAUCAUUAAAAGCUUGCCGCUUUUAGGUUGUAGAAUUUAUCUGAGCCAAAGGAAACUUUGAAAAAGUCGCAUGAAAGUUGAUUGUCGCAAAGAUAAGGAUUUGAUAGCUGAACGUAUUAUUUCAAAAUAGUGUGAUAUGUAAUUUGAAUCAUUCAUGGUCAAAUCUUUGGAAGUUAGACAUGAAGCUUUUCUUCAGUAUUUAAGUUAUCGUCUCUUGUUCAUAUCAUAUCUGAAAGCAAAAGUACAAGCAAGAAAGAGAAAAGUUAUCAUCUAUAUUGGUUGUACAUGUUCGCACAUAAGUAGCUCACAAUUAAGCGUCAAACAUAGCACUCAGUGUCCAAUGUUAUACCAUGAGAAGGGAUUGUUCAUUGGAACAAAUUUUUGGUGGUGAUUUUUUUGUACUUCCCGGGGUGGAUUCAGUAUUGUAUGAGGAUUUUGAAAUUUAAUAUUAAUCAAAUUAGUUCAUCUUUCGGUUACAAUACAUGUAGAGUUAAACAUGUCUUCAAAGAUGAAUUUUAAAUGACCAACGUACUGUUGCUGGAAAGCAGUAAUUUUUUGUCCCUUGUUUUUGGACCGUACACCAGAUACUAUAAUGUCUAUUUUGAAGUGUUAUCUAUUGUGGUCAUGUUUCUUUCGAGGUUAGCAUUUAAAAUACAUCUUUAAAGACAUUUGCAUUGUGUCACAUUCUUCACACUCAUGUUCCAGUUUCUGUGGGGUGAAAUUUAAUCAGCAAGAAAAAAAAAAUGACCACACGGAUAGCUGAUAAUUCUAGUAAAAGAAUUUUGUCAUCAUCAAAAGCAUCAUCAAGGCUUUUCGGCCAAAGAAUUCUACACAGAGAGCUUUUUUCCCCUGAAUUUCCAACAAGAAAAUACACUGUAUCUUAUGACUUUGUGUAGUUAAGUUACACUUUUUCUCAGGGUCUUGCGCUGUUUUUCCCUCUAUCUCUGAUACAUAGUGAAACCAGUCUUCACAUAAAGUUGUUUCAAUAAUUUCACUUUUUGUUGGGGGAAAAAUUAACAGAAGUGAGACCUUUGUUACUAUUACCAUUGGCUGCAAUAUUUUGUCUUAAAUAUGAUUAUUCCAAAUUAGAUGGUAAAAAUUAUCAUUAUCUUUUAUUGCAGAGAGGACAGCCAAUAAUUCUAAGUUGAAUGAGCAAUUAAUUUUACUCCAAUUAUAUAUAUUGCAUCUAUCUUGCCUCUUUUCCCUUAUUUCAAUAUUUUUUUAGUAGUAUUUCCAUAGAGCAACAUAUUGCAUAAAAGAAGAGACAUUGAUGUUGAGUAGGAAAGGGAACCAGGGCUGUUUUAUUUCUUUCUUAGUGAGGUAUAUGUAUUAACAUUUUCCAAAGUGAAGCUUUAAUACGUGCAAAAAUAGAGUUCUUAUCAGAUUAUGUCUCUGAUUGUUGACAGACUCAAAGCUUUAUUUGUGUAAGUAAAUUACCAAAAGGUUAAACCUUUUAUAUUGAGGAAAGGAACCACAUUCUGUGCAAGUUUUUUAAGUUGGUAAUUACUUUCCAAAAGACACUUAAAACCACCUACAAAUGUGAAUGGAUCUUAUUUUCAACAGUGCAUCACUGUCUGCAUUGCAUGUAGUGCUCUUUUUCACCGUCCAUUGUGUAUUUUAAGUUCCCUUUGCAGGAAAGUUUUAUUCAUGUUUGUCUCUACUACAUGUUCAUUGAUAUUGUUAUUUAUUUGCACCAUGAUAAAUUCUUACAAUUACAUGUCAGAAUGAUAAAGCAUGUUUAGCAAAUAUUGAUGUCAAGAUUUUUGUAUUAUGGCAGUACAAAGAGUGACCGUAAAGAAAACUUAACUUGCCAUAUUCACAGGGUUCAUGUUAUCGAUUGAAAGUAAUUGACAAGUUAUAAUUCUUGAAGAUUUAUGAGUGUACUUAUUUAACUUUACUUAUGCUCUAAACAAACCCAAAUCCUUAAUUCCUUGCUGCACAUGGAGCAAUAUUAAUGUUAGGCAUAAUAUUGUGAAAUUACUAUGGUAACAUUUUCAUUUUCAAGUGGACUCACGGUAUGCAAGUACAUUGUAACACUAACUAUAUAGAUUGUCUUAAUUGUCUUUCUUUUAUCCCAUUUACAGGAUGCCACAUUUCUUUAUGGCCUAGGGAUUGUAUAUUUUAACUUCUCAGCAUAUCCCUGGUAAGAGCAACCAUUUCAUCCCACUAUUUUCAGUUGAGUAAGGUGCGUUUGCGGAAGUUCACCAACCAUGUUUUGACGUUAAAAUCAUGUUGUUGGCUGCGGAAACUGGGUCGGUUUCCUGUGGUAACAGGCUUUCAAGUUUUACAUUUGAUGACACACAGCUCUUGAUAUUUGGUUUUCAUUGGACAGGUGGCUGUGACAAUACUGUUAUUUCAUGGUUGAAACCCAGUCACCAAACUUUUUGCAUAUCUUACUCAACUGAUACUUGUGGUUAAGAAUACUCCUAUGUAAGUUUAUUGUAAAGCAUGUUGACAGUCAAGUCUUCCUAAACUCUUAAACUGUGGUAAUGGCUUCUAUUAAUAGUUGGUGGUUCAAAUUCAUCAUUGGUUUUUACUUUUUAAACCAGUAUUGAUAUGUGAUUUUUCUUUAUCAAAAUUAAACUGGCUUGAAGAAUUUUGAACUAAAGAAAAUAUUAACCUGUAAGUACACCUGUAUAUAUCUUGAGUCUCUUGGGAUAUUGCAAAAUUACAAAGUCCUUGGUAUUCUGGGUUUCUCAGCUGUCCCUGGUUCUCUAGCAUCCCUGGUGCACUUAGUGUCCUAAAUUUGUUAAGUGUCCUUAGUAUGUCUCAGCUUAGACUAUAAGCAGUCCCUUCCUCUCAGUAAAUUUCUGUUAGUGCACCAUGCAGAAUUUCACUUCGUCUGUAGUCCUUGUGUUUCAAGCAACUCACUCCCAAAGUCCCCAGUUGCCCUAGCCAUCACAAGGGUCUUGGCUGUCCCAAGUGUAGCACACCAGUCCCAUUCCUUUCAGUGUCCCAGGAGUCUCGGGUAUUCUAGGCCUCCCAGGUGUCUAAAAGGGUUCUUUGAUGAGUCAAAUCCACACAUUUUCAUUUGUCUCCUCUAGUAUUAAAAAAGCCUAAAAAUUUCUCAAAACAUUGUAAUUACCAUGGCAACAUUACAGCCUCUAAACUUCAAGAAUUAGUUUGUUGACCUCAUGUCUCAUUGUUGCAUUGCAAUCAAUAACUCAUUUAAUGUUCUUCUGCAAAGUUUAAAAUUCCAAGUUCCUAUAUAGCCCCCUGAACUAUUUUUAAUUUGUGUUGGUAUCAAUCUAUCACAAAAUAGGGCUUCAAAAAAACACCCAAACCAUCUUGAACCACCUGAAAGAACAAUUUAUACCUAAAGAAAUCGUGUAUUUGAUUCUGUUCAACAGGGCAGUAAAGAUCUUUCAACAAGUGCUGUAUAUAGACCCCAGCUUUAAUUGUUCCAAUGAAGUUCAUCUCCGACUGGGAAUCAUAUUUAAAGACCAGGGAAGCUGUGAAGCUAGUAUUAAAGUAAGUUAAUAUUGAGAUUGUUUGAUGAGUUAAAUCUCUGAAACACCGACAAAACAGAGCAAGGAGUAAGUUUUUCUAUUUACUCCAUAAAGGUGGGGUUAAGAUUACGAAGCAUACAUUUCUGAGGAAAGUGAAGACCCAUGUCAAAUUUGUAAUUGAAAGAAAAAAGCAGGAGUUUUUAUUCAAAUCCACAGAUUGUUGUGCAACUCCUUUUGGCAAUUCAUAACUAUGUUUUGUUUUGUUUGCAGCAUUUUCAAAUGGCAUUAAUGGAUUCCAGCCCUUGUUCUUUAUCAAAAGUUGAAAGUAAGCUAGUAAUGCUUAUGUCACAAAUAGCUUUAUAUGUUUGAUUAGUCUGAGCAGCAUGGGAAAGAGCACUUUCAAAGUAACACCUACUUUCCACAUUAUGCAGUCCAUAGAAGGCCUAUAGAUUUUCAGAUUGCAAUAGUGAAGAUUUAACAAUGUCUAUAACAUUAGAUUUUAGGGGCCAUGUAUCGUAACCAUCGAAACAGUUUCUGAAUUUUCAAUGUUCUUGCUCAGAUUAGAUAUAAGUGUUAACUUGAAAUUAUGUUUUUCUCUCAGUUCGCUUUCAUCUGGGACACCUUUUCGAGAUGCAGAACAAAUGUGAUUUAGCGCAGGAAAUGUAUGAGACUAUCAUAGAGACUCCUAAUACGCCUAAUGCUGUCAGGGCUAAUGCUUACAAACAAUUAGGUAAGUACACGGUUGGUAUUGUAUUUAACAGAGUGGUUUUCACUUACAAUGUCAUUUGAGAUUAAAUGGGAAAUAGGGAAUGGGUAGUCAGGAAUUGGGAUUGCUAAAGCUACUAAGAUCUUUAAACUAUUUAAAAUUAACCUGGUAACCUUAGAUCUCAAGGUGAAAAAUGAAAUCAGUUGUCUGAAGGUUUGCUCUGUGUUUAGCCUCCAGGCACCACAUGAGAUUUGCAGAUAAUAGAUUUCUACAUAUAGUUACAGUUUUUAAGUUGUUUAGUCAUAACUAGACAGUUUCUAUUCUUUUCUCUAAAAAGGGUGGAUGUAUUACAACAAAGAACACCUGGGUGACAGAACAUCCAGAAUGGAAAAAGCUGUCCAGUUGUUGCUGAAAGCUAUUGAGACAGAUCCAAACAGUGGUGCUGCAUGGUAUUUAAUUGGAAGGUAGGAUAUGUUUUUCAUUGUUAGUAGCAGCGCUUUCAGCCCAUUCCAAAAUAUUAUGUCUCCAGCAUUUUACAUUUUUCCCUCCAGCUGAAAAAUGCAUAAUUUCUUAACUGAUGAUGUUCCACAAGCUCAAAUUUUAAAAGCAGGUUUUUUUAGGGUUUAAGCUUCUGGAUCCACAUUAAUUGUUUUUCUAUUGUAGGUGUUAUGCCAUGCAAGGAAAAGUUCAUGAUGCGUUCACUUCAUACCGUCAUGCCAUUGACAAGUCAGAGGCAAAUGCCGAUACAUGGUGCUCCAUAGGGUAAGUUCUGUCUCACACCAGAUUUUCUGAUGUUAAAGUAGUUAUUAUUUUUGCGGAAUGUAAUUAAAACCAUUGAAAAUAAAUUUUAUUUUUUGCAGUGUAUUGUAUCAACAGCAAAAUCAGCCCAUGGAUGCUUUGCAGGCUUAUGUGUGUGCCAUUCAGCUGGACCCAACCCAUGUGGCAGCAUGGACAGACCUAGGUAUUCUAUAUGAAGCCUGUGAACAGUUGAGGUAAAGAUAUUUUGUGUGCAUCUGCUCAGUGUCCUCCAAAAACCUCAGCAGCCAGAAUUUUCACCAGCCACUUUUUUCUGAAGCACCUGCUUCUUCAGUAGAACAAAAUGGUGAAAUGCUUGCAUUGAUCUGAAAUAAACUGUAACCCUGGCUUUAUUUUUGUAUAUAUACCCAAAACUCCUGAUUAAAACUGGAAAGAAAACGAUGAGUGAAGACAAAAGGAAUAGAUACUCACCGAAUAAGUGCUUGUGCCCAUUGGGGACCCACUUGUUUCUUGCCAGUUAUUUUUUUUUGUAUUGCUGGUCACUGAAAAUCUGUGGAGAACACUGAUUUGCUCUUUUAAUAUCCCAAUAUGAGAGCUGAGAAUUUUUAUGGGUCACUCAUUAGCAAUUCUCCUUUCUGUCUGCUUUACUAUUCUUAUGAUGCUAGUUCAGAGAAUUUGUCAUUGGAUCAACUAACAAUCACCUAAUUUAUAAUUUUGUUUAUUUUUAUCUUGUGUCUGCUUGAUAUUGUAUUGGUAUUGUGAGGAGAAAAUCCAACUUCAGGGCAUGAAAUUAAUCUUUUUUUCUGAUAGCCAUUUGGCUCUUAAAUUUUUCAAAGUGGUAGCCAAUUCAAAAAAAGUUGGUCGCCAUUUUUAAGGAAAACAAAACCUACUUUUACGCUGUCAUUGUUCUAGAUAGACCCUCCAAAAUUAAGGUAGGAAAAAGAUAGUUAACUUGCUACAAAGUGGACACUAGGAUGAAUGAUAAACAACGUACAAGCUCACCUAAAUCCAAGAUGGCGUCUAGUUGCGUUUUGGAAACGAACUUGACGAGGAAGUUUGCCGCAGAUUUAUUUUUGCAAAUCUUUUUAAUUCACUAUGUUUCUAGGUUAUGAUGAAGCAUUCUAGUCACCAAUUUGGCAACUAGUUUUCAGAAUUUGGUUGCCAAAGUGAAAAAUUUAGUCGCAUUGGCGCCUGUAUUAGGUGCAAUUUCACGCCCUGAUCUUGGUCACUCAUUUAAAUUGUUUGCGAUUUUCUCCUGAUGUUUUUUUUUGGUUUAUUUGCUUCUUUACUUGUAGUGAUGCAAUUGCAUGUUACAGUGCUGCUAGGAAGUAUGGUGAGUUAUUCAAGUUAAAACAAACUCGAUUUGUGCAAUGUUUUUCUUCAAUGGUAAGUUAAAUUGAGUUAAGAGGGAAUUAUUCAUCCUCAGGUGCAACCGAUAAUACAAUCGAGGCUCGCGUCAAGGCACUGCAGGCUCAGCUAGCUAUGAUGCCUCAACAAGGAAAAGGACAAAAGAAGUAAGUUAUUCCAUUUUAAGAUCCUUUGUAGUCUUAACUGUUUACACCUUAGCAUCAGCAUGCAUAUUCUCCAUACUGUUCUCUUCAGAUUUCUUGAGCCUGACAAGGAGAAUUUGUUUAACAAUCAAGAGCUUGUUUAUUUGGUGAUCAGGUCCUUUACUCUUGUGACCUUAAUGUUUGAUAGAGUAGAGAUAUUGUAAUUUGGGAGAAUUUUGAGGCUAGUCAUUGUUAGGGGUCAGGAGUCAAAGUUUAUAACUUCACUCUCAGGGCAGUCCCAUGUUUGUUUUAAAGUUUUUCAGGUUUUUAGAGUAGUCUACUUUCUAAUGCUGCACUUAGUUUUACAAAGAGGUAUGUUGUUAACAAUGUGACAUUUUUUUUUAGGAAUAUUCCAUCUGUUGAUGAGGCAUGGCAGUUACCUAUUCCUGCAGAACUUACAACAAGGACAAUACGCAAUGCACAAGUAAGGCCUGCCAUGGGUCCUUUGAUGAAGAGCUAACUCUUGAAAUUUCAGCUUAAAAAAACUCUUUUCAGAGGCCAGUUGACAUUAUUACAGUGUAACUCAGUUGCUAAAACCAAAAUAUCUUGUAAUCCCCCCCUAUUAUUUUGAUAUAAAAAGAAAUGGUGUCAUAUCUGUUAUUGUGCCUUUUAACGAUACGUUUUCCUUUGAAUCCAAUCUCCCUACUUUUCUUUCCUGAAAGAAUUUUUCCUUGUACAGUAUACUCGUAUUUAUAUACUUGUAUUAUGUAAAUGCAGCAAAAACAUUUAUGCAUAGGAUCUGUGACAUGUAGGGAACCCAGUUAAGAGUAAUACAUUUUUUUUGUCCUGUAGGUUCCAAAAAAGAAUUACUUUUUGGCUGUGUAGGAAUGUUUUUUUUUAUUGCUUGGUACAAUAAAAUUGAAAUUCUUUAUUUAUUUGUAGGUAAAGCUUUUGACCAGUGCUCAGAUGCAAGGUCUACAACAACAACAACUACAGCAAAUAUAUUUACAACAACAACAACAGCAGGUCACAGAACCAAACAAUGUGCAGGCUCAUGAUGCAGUUCCUUUGGAAAAUGCAGUCAUGUAUUCAACGGGUAAAAAUAUGGCAAACCAUGUUUCUUUGCAUGAUGGGAAGGCCGAAAAUCACGAUGAACUUAAUCAAUCUUCUGUUCCUGGUUCAAGCUCACAAGAAAACUGGCCUGAUGCAGUCCAGCCACUGAAUGGACAAAUACUGGUUCCAACAUGCUCUGAAAAUCAAUUUGCUAAAUCUACAGACGGUUUGACACAAACUGUUACAUCUAGCAUCACAACCCAAGGAAUUUCGCUUCCAUUACCUGGGCCGUUCUCGCAUUCAGAGUCACUUUUCACAGAAGCACACAGCGAUUCAGGUGUUUCUGCCAUGGAAACCUCUAUUGCAGGGGAUGAUCCAUUGAUGGCAGUCACUGAACAACAAAAUUCUUUAGCAGGACCUGAUGCAUUGACGACUACUUCUCCUCUAUCAAACUUCGUUUCAACGUCGUCCAAUGCUUCAAUGUUUAACUCAAGUGUUCCUAGUAAUCAAGGAACAACUCUUCUUCAAGGCGAAUCUGGAACAACAGCAACUUCUGAACAAUCUCUAUCAAGUGGAAUUCACUCCACUCUCUUGAGUGAAAUAAAUUGUACUGGUGAUGUGAAGCCAAGCCCGCUAACAGGAACUAGUGAUCCCACACUAAGCAAUGGACCCAUGUCAAUGUACACAGGAUUUCCAAGUUCAGCUGCCGGUGCAGCGAGUGGAAUAUCAACCAUUUCUCCCUUCUCACCCCCAAGUCAUUACGUUAUGUCGCCAACACAAAAAUCGCCCUUUCACACGACCGCAUCUCAACUCUCCCCAAGUCUUACUCAACCUUUGUCUAUCAUCAACCCAAGCUGUUUAUCGCCAAGUUCAGGCCUACAGGGAGGGCAGUCCGCUUUCUCUCCUGCGUCUCUUAUUCCAACGGAUCUCUUAUCUCCAUCAAAACAACUCGCAGUCAUCUCACCUAGCUCAUCAUCCAAAUCACCGUUCAACCUCAGUUCAGGGGGCGAUAAUUUGGCUAUUCCUAAAUUGAACUUGCUGUGUGAUUCCAAUGCGUUACCACACCCUCCAGAUACUCCACUUCCUCCUCUUCCUACAGACAAGUUGUCACCACAGACACCAAGUAUUUAUGUAAGCAUGUUUCCCAUGUCGCUAAAAUUUAAUGACGUAAAGUUCAUGUUUAAGAGACAGGUAUCUCUACAUGACCAAGUGUUUGUACAUGAAGGUACACUUCGCUUUUUAUAAUAAUUCACUUGCACAAUGUCUAGCUUUUGAAUGUAACGUUUAUCUUCAAAAGAUUCUCUAGUUCUUCCUUGUUAGACUUUUUUCAGUUGUGUUAAUUCUUAUAUUAUUUCCCGUGUAGGUUGAAAAUAAGAAGGAUGCAUUUUCACCAGCACUUCAAAACUUGGUGCUAAGUAAUUCCAAUCCCAUCCUAGUGAUCAGAGGGCUAGCAGCAGCACUUAGAUUAGGUUUGUAUCACCGUCACUGAACAUUUUAUACACACCCAUCUGUUGUGCAGCAACUGGCAACUAAAGUAUGUUCACAGAUCACUCAAAAAAAUUUUCAACGGAUAUUCCUGUAGACUACGAGCAGGCCUUCUUCUCCGACGUAGUCUGUCGCGUGAGUCGAAAAAACAAAAAAAAGAAAACACAGAACUCCCGUUGAGAAUGACUGUACAACUUGAUGCUUAACACUAUCCUAACGCUAACACUAAAACAGUCUGUGAAUUCUUUUGCAGAUCUUAGUUUGUUUUCAACCAAGACUCUUGUUGAAACAAAUGGCGAACACCAAGUGGAAGUGAGGACACAGGUAUAACUUAUUUUAGCUGAAAACUCAGUUUCACAGUUCUGAAUGGAGAGAAACUGUUUCUGCCUACAGAGAAAUUUUCAAUUGAGUUUCGAAAGUAAUCUGGGAUUGCAUUGAUUUUGCGUUGCUUUGCUUUUUGAUUGGUCCAGAAAACUCGCGCCUCUCUCUCAACCAAUCAGAUGCAGAACUAACACCAAUCGCGACUUGGUCACCCGCGUUUUCCCGCGCGUUAGGUUUGAGUUCUCAUUAGCUCUUCAGGAUAUUUUCCUUUCUUCUAACUGUCUGUUGUUAUUAUGUCGCUGAUGGUUGUAUGACGCUCAACUCUACUAACAAGCGCUCUAGUAUCUAGGUUGUCUUAAGCCACUUUGCAAGUAUCUUAAUCUCGAACCUUUUGGGCUGGUUAUUUAUACGAGGUCUAACCGAAACCGUGACUAAACGCAAGUAGUGGGCCUCAGAGAUUCUCUAUAAGAGGGUUGAUUUAAUAAAAUAAUUGUCCUUCCUCUAUAAGCUUUCGGCCCUCUUGACAUUGUCCACAAAAAUUAAUCUUUAGAUAAAAGGUUCGGUUAAAUUGAAGAUAGUUUAGAACGCGGUUUUGUUAAACAACGGCUAAACUUUGUUUAAAUAACCCGCUCCUUAGGUUCAGGAAGACUAUUGUCAGGCUAGGUGAAUGCUUAAGAUUGAUGACAAAUGCGCUGAUUAUCUUGUCUUCGCUUUCAGAGACUUCAAGCGUCAGAUGAAAACUGGGAUGCUGCUGGUGAAAAGAAAGUCUGGCUGUGCGAGAGCAGCAGGUAAGUAAUGUGAUGGUUUUAUGUUUUUGCUCAAAGUUGGUAGUUUCGCAAGUAAGAGGUUGAGCCUUGACGACAAGUAGGGUGAAUAAAGGGGGUAAGUUUCUAAAGAAACUGUGGUGCUGCUUCGGUGGGAGAAUAUAACAAGGUAAUCUUGUGUUACCAACUGAGUUGAUAGCGUCAAUUGGCCACCGUGAAGAGUUUAAAAGCCGACGUUUCGAGCGUUAGCCCUUUGUCAGAGCGAUUGACCAAGGGCUUAUGCUCGAAACGUCAGCUUUUAAACUCUUUACGGUGGCCAAUUUAAUUAAGGUAGAUAUCUCUUUAUGGAAUCAGCAAGGUUUUUAUGAAUGAAUGGUUGUUUACUUUUAACACUUAAAAUGAUAACAGGUAUCGAUAGAAAUGUCACCAACAGGAGAUUUGUUGAAACCCCCUGGCUUUGGAAAAAAUUUUAUCUGGAUGACCUUUUACUUUGAAGGCAUGGGUUAUCACUGACACAAAACAAUGACGCGGCUAUCUGUGGUGUAUUUGUUUCACAGGUCGUAUACAACCAUUGCAAAGUAUGCCCAAUAUCAGGCGAACUCAUUUCAAGAGUCUUUGAAGGUAACCUCUGAAGAGAAGUGAUGGUAGGGCCGUUUAUACGAGGGGAAAAUAAAACGUGGCUUGUAGAAGAUGCGAAGUCAUCGUAUUAAUGCUUCAUUUACACUUCAAUUAGCCGUGGUUCAUGUAAGGCGAGGGGUUUGAGCACGUCUUAAAUAAGCCGCGGCUUGAAGAAGAUGCGAAAUCACCGGCGUGAAUGGCAUUGCAGCUUACGUAAGACGCGAACUUAAACUGCGCAAGCGCAAUUUUUCCCACGCAUACGACCGCUCCCACAACUGUAUCAAAAAUAAGACGAGAAUCAUCAAUACGAGCGCUUUAUGUCUUAUUUACGCCGUGUUCGUAUAGAUGGCCCGGUUCGCCUCUCAUGUAAGCCGCGUAUUAUUUUCCUCGUAUAAACGGCCCUAGUGUAGACGUAGAUUUUUACAUUCGGAUUUUGGAAUAACAAUGUACAGUAAUAGUCAUGAAACAAGUGAAUUUACAUACAAACCCCUUUGCGAUCAUAAUCUGAGUAAAUUUGAAGUGUUUAUUAUGUUUGGUUACUUCAGGAAGAGCAGGAUAGACAAGCGGGCAUCAAAGAACCAUCGCAAUCAGACAGCGAUUCAUCGUCAAGCUCCAAGAAGUGAGUUCUGAUUUUACUUAUAUAACAAGUCUGAGUUAGUUCCUUCCGUUUUCAAAUCAGAUAAAAUAAUACUAUAUCAUGCCCUCUCAGUUGCAUCUUAUUAUAUCUGUCAGUCGAUGAGUGCGCUAUUAUUGGUCAGUUUAGUGGGCCAUAAUUCAUUGUACGGCCCGCCAAAUUAAACAAAUUAAUUUGAAUUGAAAUCUUGCUCUUUAUUUGAACCCAAGGACAUGAUAAAUAUCUUACUAACCUCGUUUUAUAGGUCCGUGCUGUGAGUUGCAGAACCUGUUUUUUUUUUUUUUCGUUCGGAUUUUUAGCGCGCAUCGCGCUAGGGCCAUCAAUCUGAGCGGAAAUACUCGGUCCUUAACUUACGGUUCGGAUCUCGAACUUUGUUAGUGAGAGGUUUUGUUUAUAUAUAAUGUACUGAUCCUAGUGUAAGCUCAUUGGGGUCUUUCUGUUUGUCUCCAACAGUGGCAGGAAAGGCAAAGGAAAGAAAUUCAAGUGGAUUAAAUUUGGAACUAAUGUUGAUCUUUCUGAUGAGAGAAAGUAAGUUUUAGAGAUACCGUUAGUAAAUUUUACAAAAGGUUUUCUUCUUAGACUUGUGUUUUACAGGAAAUGAAUAUUUACUCCAUUUGUUUGAAAUGUGCUUGACUUGCUUUGCUUUGUUCUCUUCAGAUGGAAAACGCAACUACAGGAACUUACUAAACUUCCACCAUUUGCCAAGGUCAGCAUUACCAUGUUACACCAAAUUUUUUUCGUCCUUGAAUACAAACACCUUGCGAACCUAAGCCUGUACAAGGCAUUUAGUUAAUAAAACGGAGCGAAUUGGCAAACGGCGCGGUAAAAGGAGCGGAGCGGAAAAAAAAAACGAGGGAAGUCUGGGUCUGGUCCCGCACCCGACCCAAACCUCCCUCGGUUUUUUCACUCCGCUAUUAUCGCGCUUCUUGUUACUAACUGAACGCCUAGAAUAGGCUAUAUGAAAAUAGAAGUAGUCUGCACAUUGUGACAAUCUUCAACGUUCUUUAUUUUAUCGGCAAUCGUCUAGGAAGUCUACUGAUUGUAACCUUUCUAUGAUCAGGUGGUGAGUCCUGGCAACAUGCUAAGCCAUAUUGGUCACACAAUCCUUGGCAUGAACUCAGUGCAGUUGUACAUGAAGAUACCAGGAUGUAGGACACCAGGUAUUUAUCCGUUCGAACACACUUUGGCUACUAGUUUCCUUAAAAAAGUUAUGUCUAGUUUGCAAGGAAAAAAAAAGGAUUAUUAAGGAUUAGUGUUUUUUAGUGCAUCUUUUCGAUAUUCUCUUAUCUUUGCGCUUAUCUGGAGGGUGAAAGCUGCAAACAUAUUAUAAAUUGUGGUAGACCUAAACUGGUGGAAGAACAAUCACCUGCGUUCUUUCCAAGCAUAGUAGAGGGGGCGAAUCCACGGCUUAAAUUGGGUGAUAGUGCGGAGCAUUUAAAUCAGCGAACUCUAAAACCCUGUGCUCUGAUUCCCUUGGCUGUACUGCCAACUUUUUUUAUUUUUAGAAAAGGAUCAAAUAAGGCAAUAUUUUGUAGUGUUAAACACUCCAGUGGUACAUUUUAUAUGACAUUUCCGAAAAGAUUGUAUUAUUAUUGCUUCAUACAAUGAUAAGCUACUUUUGUGUCUUUUGAUUGUGUUUCUAGGUCAUCAAGAAAACAAUAAUUUCUAUGCGAUAAAUAUUAACAUUGGACCGGGAGACUCGGAAUGGUUUGCAACUCCAACAGAAUAUUGGGGCGUUUUACACAACUUGUGUGAAAAGUAAGUAACUCGAUCCAAAAUGAUACAAUAAAUUAUUUAAACCCGAAGGUAACAUAGUCCCGAGGAGGAGUGUUGUUGCUAGUAGUAACUGACAUUUCGACAACCAUGGCGGAAGUCAUCGUCAGACUCAUAUUGGAGACAACUUUUCUAAUUGUAACUUUUUGAUUUUAUUUUGCAGGAAUAAUGUCAAUUUUCUAACAGGUAAGGAGCCUUUCACUACAGCGACUUAUCACUUCUUUAGUCUCUCUAAACCAAGCUCCACACACCUCCCCUUCUUGGCAAGCCCUCUCCCCUACCCCAGUCCUCCCUCUACAACCUUCCAGCUCCAAUUCUCAUUUGUGUUCUCAAACACUGAGACAGCGAUGGACGACUUGUAGCUAGAAAUACUGGCACUAUUUUUGAUUGCUGGUGUCUCCUUCAACCAAUCCGUCUAUCUUUAAAAUGGGAACUUCCUACAUUCGUGCUAGUUGAUUCGUCCACUAAGGUGCCUGAAUUGUUUUGCUUUCUUCAAUUGUUUGUAAAGGCUCCUGGUGGCCCAUUCUUGAGGAACUUUACGAGGAGCGUGUGCCAGUGUACAGAUUUAUUCAAAGGCCUGGUGACCUAGUCUGGCUCAGUCCUGGGGUAGUACAUUGGGUACAGUCGUCGGUGAGCAGUUAUCUUUUUUACUCUUAAGAUCUCAUUAGUAGUUCUCUUUUCUGUUUGCCAUACAGUUCUUGUUCUGUUAGGUUGGAGAAUUUGGUGUUGGAUUAACCGAUGAUCCCCUUAUUGACAUUUUUCUUUAUUCUCAUCACUUGUCUGCGUGAUAUUGUAGAGCUAUUGUAAGGAGAAAUUCUGUCUUGGUCACUCAUAGGAGUAAGGAUGAAACUGUGUAAUUUGAAAUUACAGAAGUGCUAGUUAUGUUUCUCUCAUUUUUGGUGAUGAAAGUUGUGAUAAAAUUUACUUGUAUUUUAGGGUUGGUGUAACAAUAUUGCCUGGAAUGUCGGUCCUCUUACAGGUGAGUGUAGGUAGAGAUUCCACGCAAUUUAUUUGGACGUAUUCGUGACGUUCCAGUCAUAUUUCAUCACUGCUACCUUUUUUAUCUGGAACGCUUCAUAUCUCUAAUAUUAAAAUGAUCAUUUUGCAGAGGACAUGUACACAGCAGCUAUAGAAAGAUAUGAAUGGAACAAACUACAAGGUGAGAAAUUGAUUAACUACAGUAGAGCGGUUUACAAACAUCUCAAGGUGUUUUUCUUUUGUCACCCAUGUUUCACGUGGAGUAGUGCAGUUAGGCAGUGGCUGUAUUAAGUAUAUUUUAGGAUACUGACAGCAGAUCACAUCGCUUUUACUUUGAUUUACUAACCGUUUGAUUACUUUCCUUCUCAAUAACGCUGUUGUUUUGGUUCAAAAGCCCCACAAAUUUCUUAUGAAUGAUGAUCGAGGAGUGAUCAGUUUAUCAAGGCAUACUAUUUGACAAAGCUAGGAAGAAGGCGCUUUGCUCCUUCAACUUUAGGUUUUUUUACGGUCCAGGUCCCGGUUGUUCGAAGGUUGGAUAACGCUAUCUGCUGGAUAAAUCUCAAUCCGGUGGAUAGUAUAGUAUGUUUUUCGAUCAUUUAUCCGCUUAUCCGUUGGAUAACGUUAUCCAACCUUUAUACAACUGGACCCAGCUGUCUAGUUCAAUGCGGCCGAUUUGAACUGUUAUUUAUGAAAUUCCCUGCAAUUUCAACUUCAGGUGAGAAGUCCAUUGUGGCCAUGCUACACUUGUCGUGGAACCUCGCAAGAAAUGUGAAAGUCACCGAAAGGAAGUUGUUUGAACAUAUUAGGUGAGUCUGCGCGAAAAUUGUGCUCUUGUUCCUCUCCUCCUCAGAUGAUUGUUAAUCCAUUAACGAAGGCGUACUUUCAUUGAAUUGUUCCUGGAAAUCCGUGCGGUUAGACUGUCUCUCUCCCCUUUCUCUGCUAGUUGUAAUCUCGCAAGUGUUGCGUUUGAUUUCAGAGUUGUGCUGGCCAGGUCACUCAAGUAUUGUCAGAUUACUGUGGAGAAACUAAAGCAUGCUGGGAUUGAGGUGAUGUGGCAUGGGAAAAAACACAAUGAAGGAUCUCAUUACUGUUUUCAGUGCGAGGUGAGCAGCUCUUCUGUUGGACUACAUGUUGUGUUGAGUUCUUCCUUGUACAUUUUUUUCGACAUAUGGGAAGCGUUACAACACAUUUUAAGUAGAGUUUAGGGCCUUGGAAGUGGCGAAUCGCGCUUACUAGCUGAUGUGUAACAAGCUGUGCAAAUCUCGAGUUGAAUUUUACAACCCCUGAUGAUCAAAUUUGUCGAAAAACCAUAAAAGAAGAGUAGAGAGACUGGUAGCUAGAGUUCGUUGCACGUCGGAUGAUUAGCUCUGUGAGUUUUAAGCCCAAAUUCCAAUUUCCAUUUCGCUUUUGCAGUUUUUUUCGGUUUUCUUUUGAGUCCUUAUUGGCCUCUCAUGACGUGUUCCCUUGAUCGUGCAUGUUCUACAAACACUACGCUAUCGACAUUGCUGAUCCUAGCAGUAUGCAGGACGCGUGUCAUAUGAACUUCGUAAUAGACCUCGCUCACCGUAGUCUCUGUAGCUCAGUGGUAGAGCAUCGGAGCGUGGAAUCAGAAGGUCUGAGGUUCGAUUCCUCAUUGGAACUCAGAAUAUUUUCUUUGUCCCACGCUCGUGACAAGACGAAAAACAUCUUUCUUUAUUUCUUUGGAUCUGUUUGUACGAUCCUGUCGAGAAGCACUGUGACCUGCUUACAAACUCGUGCUUCUCUUUUGCUUCCUAGGUGGAGGUUUUCAAUAUUCUGUUUGUCACAGACAACAAGAAACACGUCGUGUAUUGUCAAGAUUGCGCCAGAAAGACCAGCAGUAAUCUUGCUGGAUUUAUAGUCCUCAAUCAGGUAAAAACCUUUCUCGUUACUGAAACACAGCCACUUUUUUUUGAUCAAUCAUCGGUAUUUUAGACACUAGUGGUACUUGUCUGUGUGGAGUCCGUUUGAGAGCCGUCAAAAGUUGUGUGUACACGUAAAGUAGUGCGUGUAUCUUUAGUUAACCCUUUACACCCUAACAUCAGUAUGCAUAUUCUCCCUAUUGUUCUCUACACAUUUCCUAAGGUGUAACAAGGAGAAUUUGCUUAAUAGUGAGGAGCUUCUUUAGUUGGUAAUCAUUUCCUUUAUUCUCAUGAUCUAAAUGUGUGAUUCAGAGGUGAUAUUGUAAACAGAAAGUAGAUGCUUGUCACCCUUAGGGGUUGAAGGGUUAAGGAAAAUUAUUUUCAGCUUUUUUCGUUAUUAACUCGCACGAAUUUUCCCUUUUUUCAGUACACGCUUGAGGAGCUGACUGAAGUGUAUAAUAAUUUUAAAUUACAUGCGGUAAGCGAAAGUUCUUAUUCACGUAUCUGAGAUCUGUAUUUUGCUGCUCAAUACAAGCACAUUGAGUUGGUGAUUGUUGACGAGUCGACGUAGUUAAGCAGCCUUAAUGAUUUGUCAGCAUUUUGUUAUAAUAUAUUCACAAUUUUAUCCUCUCCGCUGUUUUCUCAGGUGACUCCCCGAGCUGUGGAAGCCGUACUAGCCCAGAAUCCCUCGCAGCCUUUAGGCGUGGUCGCCCAGGGUGUGAGCAAUUUAGCGUAGUUAACAUUUUUUGAUACUGUUGCGUUUUCUGUUUUUGUACAAAAGAGAGGUAUAUUUUCUAUAAUGAACAAAGCGUUAAAUUCAAGCAACGAUCGAAUUCUCAUGCGAGCUGUAUGAUAUUUAAUUUAGGUAAUGGAAGAUUAUAUUUGAAUUUUUCUGCCGGCGUAGCGCCGCGUCAAGUACAACGUAGUCUGAAAAUUCAGCAUUUUCCUCUCUCCGUUGACAAUGAUACUUUCCACUUCAAUUCGAUUCUCAUCGAAAUAUCUCAGAGGUUUAAUAUAACAUUUUUUCUUUUGUGUAUUUUGCCCUUUCUCUUGUUAAGUUCGAUGAUGCGUCAUCUGUGUAUGAUCAUUUCGAUCUUAAUCAGCUCAGACUGUUGCGUGACCAUCCAAGACAUUUUUGGAGGUCACGCAAAAAUCGUUUUCGUCACGUUAUGAACACGUUGCACGACUGCGUCAAGGAUCGCUCGUUUUUCUAAGUUAAGUAUUAUUGGUUUUUUUUUUUUAAUUCAGUCUUACCUAAUCUUUCUCUAUUUGAUUCAUUUUUUUUUUAUCAAAUACCUGGAAAGAAAUUUUUUACACUUAUUGCAUGAGAUUUCAAAGAAUUCUUGGGAACAACUAAUUAUUAAAAUUAUAAUCCGACUUCAAUUCUGGGAGUGAGAAUAUUCACCCCACUUCCCUCCCUUGCCUUUUCGCCUGUAAAUUGUAUUUUUGGCCGGGCUUAAAUAAGCCACCAUCCGUUGAAACUAUCAUGAAUCGCGAGGAUAAUUUUAGCGGUACUCUGCUCGUCUUGUUAUACACAACAAUCUCGUCUGUAAAUACUUGCCGUAUUGUAAACGCUGUCUUUGAUAUUGCAGUGUGAUUCUUCGUCAAUUUGUUUGCAGCAGGCUAAGAAACAGCAUCAUCGUACUUUGCAUAACUGGGUUUUUCUUUUCACUGGGACAAAAUAAACUGGUUAACCCUUUAAUUCGCUGUGGUCAGAAUGUCAAUUCCUCUUAAGUUUUUCCAUACACUGUCAAGCAGAUAGCUUCUGUGAGCUGAGAAAGUUAUCAGCUCAGGGAGACUGAUUGGAUGUAACACCAAAUUCUCGAAAGUAAUCAACUAAGAAAGAUACGGGAAUCACCAGGGAGAAUUUAGUUAUCGAUCACGGGAGUGAGAGGGUUAAUGUUACCUACUUAAAAGUUCACGAUCCCGCAGCGCAGCAUUUAAAUAUUUAAUUUUGAUUUCCAACGCUAAUUUAAGUAAAAAUAGUUAGAGUGUAACAAGAGUGAUAGUUUUAUGACACUGCAACGCGUUGUAUUCUGUUGAAUUGGAAGCACUGCUUUGAACAGUGAAACGAUUAUUUGUAAAUUGUUUUAUAGAAUCAACCGUUUUUUGCCAAGUAGCGCGCUUUUGCGGCGCACAAUCGCUAUGGCCUUUUCGCUGGCUAGAAACACAGCACCCAACCGCCAUAAAACCGCAUCACUCUUCAUUCACAAUUCAGGUUCAUUUCUUCAGCACAAAUGGAGACGGAGAUCCGUUUCCCUGUUAGUUAAUCAUUAGCUUAGGUGAGAAAAUACUGUUCCUAGUUAUAACUUAAAACCAUGAGUUUUGUUUGUCGUUCUUACCACACGUUAACGCACUUUUUAUUCAGUGAAUAUUCGUUCUGUAUCUCUGGUUAAUAUGCGUCUACACUUUUUAAGUCAUCUUUGUUAAACGUUGUUAAUUUGGCAGCAUUCACAUAUGUUUCCCAACGCUCACCGGAAUUUGUGAUGUUAAAUUAAUGUAAAUUUUUGUCUUGCAAUUUCAUGUUCCUUUCCUGACCUCGUCAAAAGAAUUUUAGCCGAUGGACGCUGGGAAUGAUAGGCACUGCUAAUGAUGAGGAAUUUUUGUUUGGCUUUUGUUACGUUUUCGUGUGAGUGUUUCUUCUUUCACUCCCAAAGGCCUUUACUAGUAGUUUAGUUUUGGAUAAGGUUUUGUAAGAGUGCCACACGAUUGUCCAUUGAACACUUGGUACGUUGCCUUUUCACCUUAUCGUGUACAACCACAUAGAGUAUCACGGCAGUAGUGCGUAAAAAUGCAAACGAAUCGACGGAGAUUCAUUUACAGAGGUCAAUUAGACAGCCCUCGUCAAAUUGCUACAGAAAUGUUGUGGUUGAAUGUUAAACCAUCGUGGAUUUGAUUUUCUCAUUUGGUGGAAUACUUUGGGAGUGGAAGGACUUAGGAGAGGUUCUGUAGUGUUGAGCAUUUUUGCGUAAUUGAAGAUUCGGUUUAAACUGAAUGUGUGUAAUUCGCUUUUAGAUGACAUGUUUUUCCCGGUUGUUAAAUCAAUCAAAUGCCUUGCGCUGUGAUAUAUUGCCACACUGUGGCGCUGAAUAAAGAUAUUUAUUUCCGUU